AUGAGUGAGAGAUCAGCGUGGAUACUCUCACUUGGAGUAAGGAAAUUUGCAGCUCCUGUGACUUUUUUCAUCAUGUCGAGCUGUAGAAGCGACUCUGUCAUUAAGCUAAUUACAUACUCUGAGGAGCUUGUGGAUGGGAAACCCUUGUAUGCCUUUUCCAAUUGUCUUCCUGUGAAGGCUUUAAACCGUGAACCUGCUGGUCACGCCUUCCACUCUGCUGCUCUUAAACUGUAUGGCUGUGCAGAGGAACCCACAGAUGAUGAAGGUGGCGAUAAGAAAGUCGGAGAUGAUAAAGAGAAGGAGUAUGUUCCUUCGUUCAACUCUUAUGCCAACAAAGGAAAGAAGAAGUCUGGUACGCAGCAACAAGACCACUAUGCGUUGUUGGGUUUGAGCAAUCUGAGAUAUCUUGCAACAGAAGAUCAGAUUAGGAAAAGCUACCGUGAAGCUGCCUUGAAGCAUCACCCUGAUAAACUCGCUACCCUGCUUCUGGCAGAGGAGACUGAAGAAGCCAAGGAAGCCAAAAAAGAUGAGAUUGAAUCUCGCUUCAAGGCAAUUCAGGAAGCUUAUGAGGUGUUGAUGGAUCCAACAAGGAGGAGGAUCUUUGACUCCACUGAUGAGUUUGACGACGAGGUCCCAUCGGAUUGCUUGCCGCAAGACUUUUUCAAGGUGUUUGGUCCAGCUUUUAAGAGGAAUGCUAGGUGGUCAGUGAAUCAGCGUAUACCAGAUUUGGGAGAUGAAAACACAAAGCUUAAAGAUGUUGACAGGUUCUACAACUUCUGGUACGCUUUCAAGAGUUGGAGGGAAUUUCCUGAUGAAGAGGAGCAUGAUCUUGAACAAGCAGAUUCUCGUGAGGAACGGAGGUGGAUGGAGAAGGAGAAUGCCAAAAAAACUGCAAAGGCUAGGAAGGAGGAACAUGCUCGAAUCCGGACUCUUGUUGACAAUGCCUAUAGAAAAGACCCGAGAAUUGUUAAAAGAAAAGAGGAAGAAAAGGCUGAGAAGCAGCAGAAAAAAGAUGCAAAGCUUAUGGCCAAGAAGAAGCAGGAAGAGGAAGCUGCUAUCGCUGCUGAAGAAGAGAAAAGGCGAAAAGAAGAAGAAGAAAAGCGAGCAGCAGAAUCUGCGCAGCAGCAAAAGAAAGCAAAGGAAAAAGAGAAGAAGCUCUUACGCAAAGAACGGAGCCGUCUUAGAACUCUCUCAGCUCCUAUCGUGGCUCAGCGUCUGCUUGACAUCUCCGAGGAAGAUAUAGAGAAUCUAUGCAUGUCACUUAACAUCGAGCAGUUGCAAAAUCUAUGUGAUAAAAUGGGAAACAAAGAAGGGCUAGAAUUGGCAAAGGUGAUCAAAGAUGGGUGCAACAGUAGUAGAGACCACGAAGCCAACUCUAAAGAAAAAGAAAGCGAGAAACCCAACGGUGGUGUAGAGCCUACGAACCGAGUUUCUCAGUUAGAUAACCCUCAGAAGAAACAACCGUGGAGCAAGGAAGAGAUUGAUAUGCUGAGAAAAGGAAUGAUAAAAUAUCCAAAGGGGACAUCUCGGAGAUGGGAGGUUAUAUCAGAGUAUAUCGGUACAGGAAGAUCCGUAGAGGAGAUUCUGAAAGCAACUAAGACCGUUCUUCUCCAGAAACCAGAUUCCGCCAAAGCAUUUGAUUCUUUCCUGGAGAAAAGGAAACCCAAUGUUUCAAUCGCGUCUCCUCUCUCCACAAGAGAGGAGCUCGGAGAAUCUCUACCUACGACGACCACAACAAAGGCAAAACCCGUUAAAGAGACUGCUGUGGGGAAAAGCUCGGGCAGUCAAAGCUCAGAGAACAACGGUGAAGCAAGUGGAAGUUCAGACACAGAUGGUUGGUCGGCUGUGCAAGAAAGAGCUUUGGUUCAGGCUUUGAAGACUUUCCCAAAAGAGACAACCCAAAGAUGGGAGAGAGUAGCUGCAGCUGUUCCUGGGAAAACGAUGAUUCAGUGCAAGAAGAAGUUUGCAGAGCUUAAGGAAAUCAUCAGAAGCAAGAAAACCGGAGUCUAAUGAUAUAAUCUUUUCGGAGCUCCAUGAGAAUUUUGGGUUUUAAUCCUCUUGGGGCACCGUCACAUUGCGAGAUCAAGACCUUGAACCUUUUUAUUAUUUGAAUGAUUCAUUUGCUUCUGAAGUUCUGAUGUCUUUUUAUGUAUUGAGCCACUAUUAUAUAUUUUUACCUCCUAAUCUUAUGUAUUGUUUAAUCAUCAUUUGUUUUAAAUGUCCCCUACAAUCGAUUUGUCAUUA